UUUUUUUUUGCUGAGGAAGAUUCACCGUGAGCUAACAUCUGUGCCAGUCUUCCUCUAUUUUGUAUGUGGAUUGCCAGCACAGCAUGGCCACUGACGAGUGGUAUAGGUCUGCACCCAGGAACCAAACCCAGGCCACUGAAGCAGAGCACACCGAACUUAACCACUAGGCCACGGGGCUGGCCCCUAUUCUUAUUUUUUUAAUCCCAUCCACAUAAGCACUCAAUUGCAAAGGUUCCCCUCUCACCCCAAUAAUAGAAUGGAAUGAGAAAUUUGUUAAUUAAUAGAUAUCUUUAAACCUAGCUGAAAUCUUAACCCAUAAAAAGUCCUUGGCUCUCUCCAUUCUUACUUACCAUGUCCUAGGAAUGUGACCUCUGAUGGUAAGAUCAGUAACCUGAAGAACAGAAUUGAUACUUAGGGCUCAUUUUUAAAUUUAAUUACAAUUCUUAUCAAAUACUUGAUUAUGUUUUUCCUCCCUGGCCAAAUUUAUUUCAGGAAUGUGCUUGUCUGAGACCUAUGAUGGCUGAGGUUUCUUAAGUACAUCUUGUGACUUGAAUGCAGAAUUUGGAUGAGAUCUGGAUAGAUAGAUUAGGAAAUAUCUUUUCUAAAGUACUUAUUAGGUCUGGUUGACUAUGUAGAAUCCUUCCAAGAGACACAGUCCAGAAAAACAGCUCUGUAGCCGGCAUCUCUUGACACCACAGUAUAUUCUGGUAGCUGCUCUGCAGUAAUGCAGCCCUGUCUUUCUGGGCAGUGUUGUUAUUCCUGCUGCAUAAUUAGCAACUAGUGAGAUCAUAGUCUGGGGAGAUUCUGGCAUUACUGAGGCAAAGCAGGGAGGUUCGUAUCAUCACGUGUGGCUCUGGCUCUGACAGCAUUUCUGCCGAGCAGAUUCAUAUCCUUGGGAAUUUAAGUCCAAAGACGGAGAAGGAGAAAGAUGCGCACCUGGAAAAUGGACUAUCCCAGACUCCUUCCUUGGUUGUGUGACAGCAUGUUGAAAACGCUGCCUGCCAUAUUGAUGUAACCAGAGUAAAGUGUCACUUCUUUUGCUGUGUGUUUUCCCCUUGCUCAUCUCUUUACAGAGGGCAAAGAUUGUAAAGCUAAGUUUUCCUUGCACAAAGGAUGAGAAUAGACCAGCCGAGCCCUAUUUUUGGAGCAGUAUGAGAUUGGGAGAGAUUCUGGGUUUUGAAGCCAGAGCAGAUUCUAAUCUUCAGUCCAUUCUUUAGAACCAAAUUUGACCUUUUUAGGAGCCUGGUGAGACACUUCACAUUCGUGAGGAUCUGGAUAAAGCAUUUCCCUGGCUGCUGGUGUACUUUGAAAUUGAGAGCCUAGAACGGUAUUUCCCAGAGCGUGCUCCAAGGAUUAUUUGCCCCCUAAAAUACUCUGGAAAACAAAGGGUUCCAUAAUCAGGUGUGUGAAACCCUGUAUUCUGUGUUUUCUCCUGUCCUUCAUCAUGCUCAUUAGCGUAUUAAAAGCCUCUAACAGAUCUUCCCAUAAGCAUUUUGUACACUAUUUUGACACAGCAGUCCUAUUUCCAUGUAAAAGCUAUUAAUAUCCAUGGAACUAGUUUAUUUAAUAUAUACACUUUGGGAAAUGCCAAGCUAUAUUUUCACUAGGAAAAAUAAUUGGAUCUAGUCUAGGUUUAGGCACAGCCUAAUUCUGCCUUUGAUCCCCAGUCCCUCCUACUGGCCCCUUGUAGAGCUCUCCUGUGCGAUCAGAAGAGCAGCCACUGUUAUCCCGGGGCUAAUGAAGCCUAGAGCCCAGCUGGCUUGGAACCAGAGGCCUUCACUCCACUGGGAAGGUGCUGUUGUUACUCAUCUCAUUAUUCUAAGAGGGACUGAGCCUAAGGGGCUGAGGGGAAAUAAAAGUAGAAUGUUGGCUGGAAUAAGUAGAGAAAUGACCUAGUCUUGAGAGACCGGACAUCAGUGCUAGCUCACGGGCUUGCUUUCUUCAGUUGGAGAACCAUGUAUAUAGACUUGGGAGGGGUCUGUCUGAGGACAGGAAUGCUGAUUCCUCUUUUCCCCUGGGCAGAAUCCUAAUGCACCUGGCUAACUGGUGGUGAGCAGGGGCUUUGGGGCCAACGUGGUGGGCUCCCCAAGAAAACCCCUUUGAAACCAAUGGAUGCAUUCACGGGCUCGGGUCUCAAGAGGAAGUUUGAUGAUGUGGAUGUGGGCUCCUCAGUUUCCAACUCAGAUGAUGAGAUCUCCAGCAGUGACAGUGCUGACAGCUGUGACAGCCUCAAUCCUCCCACAACUGCCAGCUUCACACCCACAUCCAUCCUGAAGCGGCAGAAGCAGUUGCGGAGGAAGAAUGUGCGCUUUGACCAGGUGACUGUAUACUACUUUGCCCGGCGCCAGGGCUUCACCAGUGUGCCCAGCCAGGGUGGUAGCUCUCUGGGCAUGGCCCAGCGCCAUAACUCUGUGCGCAGCUAUACGCUCUGUGAGUUUGCUCAAGAGCAGGAGGUGAAUCAUCGGGAGAUUCUUCGUGAGCACCUGAAGGAGGAGAAACUCCACGCCAAGAAGAUGAAGCUGACCAAGAAUGGGACAGUGGAGUCGGUGGAGGCUGAUGGCCUGACACUGGAUGAUGUUUCAGAUGAAGAUAUUGAUGUGGAAAAUGUGGAGGUGGAUGAUUACUUCUUCCUGCAGCCUCUGCCCACUAAACGGCGACGGGCCCUGCUGAGGGCUUCUGGGGUCCACCGCAUUGAUGCUGAAGAGAAGCAAGAACUUCGAGCCAUCCGCCUGUCUCGGGAAGAGUGUGGUUGUGACUGUCGACUAUACUGUGACCCAGAAGCGUGUGCCUGUAGCCAAGCUGGGAUUAAAUGCCAGGUGGAUCGCAUGUCCUUUCCCUGUGGCUGCUCCCGUGAUGGCUGUGGGAACAUGGCUGGGCGCAUUGAAUUUAAUCCAAUCCGGGUCCGGACUCAUUACCUUCACACCAUUAUGAAGCUGGAGCUAGAAAGCAAGCGGCAGGUGAGCCGCCCGCCAGCCCCAGACGAGGAGCCCUCGCCCACUGCCAGCUGCAGCCUGACAGGAGCCCAGGGCUCUGAGACACAGGACUUCCAGGAGUUCAUUGCUGAGAACGAGACAGCAGUGAUGCACCUGCAGAGUGCAGAGGAACUGGAGCGGCUCAAGGCGGAGGAAGACUCCAGUGGCUCCAGCGCCAGCCUGGACUCCAGCAUUGAGAGCCUGGGCGUGUGCAUCCUGGAGGAGCCCCUGGCUGUUCCUGAAGAGCUGUGCCCAGGCCUGACAGCCCCCAUUCUCAUCCAGGCUCAGCUGCCCCCAGGCUCCUCCGUCCUAUGUUUUGCUGAGAACUCAGACCAUCCAACUGCCUCAGCAGUGAACAACCCAUCCUACUUGAACAGUGGGCCCCUGGUCUAUUAUCAGGUGGAGCAGAGGCCAGUCCUGGGGGUGAAAGGAGAGCCUAGUACAGAAGAAGUCCCACCCUCUUUCCCCAAGGAGAAGGACCUGAAUGUCUUCUCUCUCCCGGUUACCUCACUGGUGGCUUGUAGCCCCACAGACCCAGCUGCCCUCUGUAAAUCAGAGGGGGGGGAAACACCUACUCUAGAAGCACUAGUGCCCGAAGACCCUGAGGAGCCCGAGAAUGAAGACUUCCGCCCCUCUUGGUCCCCCUCAAACCUCCCCUUCCGCACGGACAAUGAAGAGGGCUGUGUGGUGGAGAAGACCUCACAGCAGAGCGAGGACCAGCCCCCUGAGGAUUCUUCCCUAGAACUCCCUUUGGCAGUGUGACCCGGGGAUGGAGAAUCUGCCUCUUCCCCAUUCUCUAUUUAUUCCCUUAUUUUAUCUAACACCAUUUCAAAACAAAACUGUAGAAGCAGCUGCUGCUCCCAUGUUAUUUUACUGGGGUCUUUGGGGAAUGGGUGGGAAAGGAUUGUUUGUACAAGUAUUUUUUGAAGGGUGAACAGAAUCAAGGAGACCAGCCCCAGCUUGAUCUGGGGAUGGAGUCCUGGGCAGAGGAGGCUGCACAGUGCCGAACUCUGAGCUUUCUGGGCCAUUGGAACAAAGGACGAGGAUCUCACAGGAGAAGCUGGGUAUCUAUGUAGGGACCAGAACACAACAAUUUGAACAGUGUGGCAAAGCCCCUUUUCCUCUCCUGGGCUCCAGGCAGGUAGAAGCUCAUUGUUCUCUGUGGUUACUCUGAUAUCCCAUUUUGGUGGAUCAUAAUAAUACGGUUGGAAAUGUCACCUGGUUGAAUCUAGAGGAAGGGAUAGAAGGGUUUCUGCUUCUGUACAAAACCUCCAGGAUUUAUCAAAAUUUAACCAUCCUUCCCCAGCCCCCUAUUUGAUAAAUAAGUUAAUAUUUGACAUGUUUGGUGUUUUCUGACCUAUUCCCCACACUGGGGAUUCCUGGUCUGUAACUUGAAUUGUUUCUUUCAUAUGUUCUUAGGUACUAGAGUUAAACUUGCCUAUUUGUCUUUUUUUUUUUUUCCCUCCAUCCUUUUUCUUUUGAAGAAACAGAGCUAGAUUGGCUGGGGAUGUGGUACAAAGAGCCUGAGUCUUCUGUGUGUGUCAGGCAGCGUCAAGCUGGGGCUCACACAUCCACAGGAGGCAUGUUUGGAACAUUAACUGUUCAAAGGAGGCAGCAGGAACAGGCUGCUGUCUGGAAAGAAGAUGACUUUAUUUGUGCCAUGCUUGCUUUUUCAUACCCCCCUCCCCCCCCACUUUGGGAGAUUUGAGCUUUAAAGGAAAGUAGGAUGUAGCAAUCCAAGGUCACCCACUAGGUUUUGUUCUUUUCCCCUGUAUCUACCCUCGUGGUCCUUGACUGUACAGGGUUAGAGGGUCCUUAUAUGAUUCCAGUUCACCCCCAAAAACUGCAGAUGUUUAUUGGACCCUCCAUCUUGAUAUAUAAAAAUUGGAAGUCAAACCAAUUCUUAAAUGCUACUACAACGCUCAGGUUCCAAAGAAUUCAAGUUCUGAUUAUAAGCUUGGAGGUCUACAGAGUGGGAUACCUACUUUAUCCGGGGGGAUCUAGUUCCUGUUCCUCUUACGUCCAGCUUAUCUUCCAGGAUGUGCUCCACUGAACACCACUGAAUUCUUUUUAUUGGCAAAGUUAUCUCUGCCUCUGUUUUAACAUGGAGGCAGUCAGGAGCAAAACACUCUUGUUCUCUAGCAUCCUCUACACCAUGCUUCACUUCUGGUGUGGUUUAUUAACCAGGGAAAAACAAAGUGAAAACCAUUUUUUUUUGAUGGGGGAGAUAACUGUUCCUACUUAUCUUGCUCAUAAAGCCUUGUAGGAUAUUAAGGUCCUAGUGUCUUAAUGCAAGCUUCAUGUAUGUCACAGCAGCAUUUCACCUAUAAAUCCCUAAACUGAGCCUGAAAGGCCUUGUACUUAACACAGGUACAUCUUUUAAUCCAUUCUGCCUCUCCUGUUAAUUCCCGUUUUUGCUUGGUUUUACUUUUUUGCAGGGGAGUUCUUAAUUAAGUACAUAGGUCCUUAACUCUCCCCAUCCUCUAGCCUCACAAGACAGAGUUGAGAGUCUUGAGUACCAGAGAUCUAGAUGCUAUCCCAAACUGAGCCACAUACCCCCACCUUAGAUGGGUCCCCUCAAAUACAAGACUGAAGCUUUACUGGGAAUUUGACUCUAUGGAGAAGAGUCUUUCUGAAAGUUUGUGUUGGAAGGAGAGGGUGAGCUCUAUACAUUCCCUCCUUAGGAAGGCUCCAGCCUAACUGAGGAAGUGAAUUCCAGCUGCUCAAUAAGAGACACGUUAGCCUUUGGGAUCAAACCAAGAAUCUGAAUAUCAAACUCAUUGCCAACUCCCAAGAUAUUUGAUUUUUCUGAAAAACUAGUUUCCUAAUCUAAGUCUAUCCCUUCAUUAACUCUACAAUUCUGACUCACACUGAUCCCAAGCUUUUAAAUGCUAAAUACUGACAUUUAGCAUUAACUGUCUUGUCAAGCAAAGGGCCUUUUCUACAACCUCGUCCAUCUCGUUUCUGGUGCUACCUGAGUUGGACAGAAUUAUAGCUCGUGGUUGCUAGAAAAGCGAGGCCUCUGAUCACAGAAGCAGAUAGCUUCAAUCCUGCUCAGUCUAGGCCUAGAGGAAAGAAAUGACUCAUUGCAACUCUUAUUAUUUUCCAAUUUCCUUUCUCACAUACUGUACACAGGUAGUAUUUUCAAUGUGAAUCCAAAGCUUGUCUGGUUCUCUGAAAACAAUUUUUUUUUUUUUUUUGCCUUUUAGGUCUUUUACAUUGUGAUAAUGCUGUAUUUAAAGAGAAUAUUUAAAUGUAAUAUUAAAGAAAUAUUCAA